AUGUCUCUGCAGAGGAUUGUGCGCGUGUCCCUGGAACACCCCACCAGUGCCGUGUGUGUGGCUGGAGUCGAGACCCUGGUGGACAUUUAUGGGUCAGUUCCUGAGGGCACAGAGAUGUUCGAGGUCUACGGAACCCCCGGCGUGGACGUCUACAUCUGCCCCAGUGUGGAGAGGGACCGGGAGCGUGCGGAUGCCCGGCGGCGGCACUUUGACGUGGGCGCCCAGAUCGUCGUGGUCAUGAACUCUCCCAGCAACGAGCUCAACGACAGUCACGUUCAAAUUUCCUACCAUUCCAGCCGCGACUCCUCGCCCCUGGCCUACGCAGUGCUCUACCUCACCUGUGUGGAUAUCACCCUGGAUUGUGACCUGAACUGUGAAGGCAGGCAGGACAGGGACUUUGUGGACAAGCGGCAGUGGGUCUGGGGACCCAGCGGGCACGGAGCCGUCCUGCUGGUGAACUGCGACAGAGACAGUAUGAGCUCUAACGACCAGGACAACUGUGACCACCACGUGCGCUGCCUGCAAGACCUGGAAGACAUGUCUGUGAUGAUUCUGCGGACCCAAGGCCCCGACGCCCUGUUUGAUGACCACAAACUCGUCCUCCACACCUCCAGCGCUGACGCUGAGCGGGCGCGGGUGUUCCAUGCCUACGGCCCCGAGGACUCCUGCGAGGCGUACCGGCACGUGCUGGGCCAGAACAAGGUGUCUUACGAGGUGCCCCGCUUCCACGGGGACGAGGAGCGCUUCUUCGUGGAGGGCCUGUCCUUCCCCGACGCCGGCUUCUCGGGGCUCGUCACCUUCCACGUCACCCUGCUGGAUGACUCCAACGAGGACUUCUCUGAGUCCCCCAUCUUCACCGACACCGUGGUGUUCCGAGUGGCCCCCUGGAUUAUGACGCCCAGCACCCAGCCGCCCCUGGAGGUGUACGUGUGCCGCGUGAGGAACAACACGUGCUUUGUGGACGCGGUGGCAGAGCUGGCCAGAAGGGCCGGUUGCAAGCUGACCGUCUGCCCGCAGGCCGAGAACCGCAACGACCGCUGGAUCCAGGACGAGAUGGAGCUGGGCUACAUCCAGGCGCCGCACAAAACCUUCCCGGUGGUCUUUGACUCCCCCAGGAACGGCGAGCUGCAGAACUUCCCUUACAAAAGAAUCCUGGGUCCAGACUUCGGGUACGUGACCCGGGAACCACGAGACAACUCUGUGAGCGGCCUGGACUCCUUCGGGAACCUGGAGGUCAGCCCCCCUGUGGUGGCCAAUGGGAAGGAGUACCCCCUGGGGCGGAUCCUCUUCGGGGGCAACUUGCCUGGGUCAAGGGGCCGCCGGGUCACCCAGGUGGUCCGGGACUUCCUGCACGCCCAGAAGGUGCAGCCGCCCGUGGAGCUCUUCGUGGACUGGCUGGCGGUCGGCCACGUGGAUGAGUUUCUGAGCUUCGUCCCUGCCACUGAUGGGAAGGGCUUCCGGAUGCUCCUGGCCAGCCCCAGCGCCUGUUUCAAGCUCUUCCAGGAAAAGCAGAAGUGGGGCCACGGGGACGCCCUCCUGUUCCAAGGGGUUAUCGGCAACCAGCAGGUCAACACCGUCUCCAUCAGCCAGGUCCUCUCCAACGGAAGCCUCAUCAGCUACAAUAAGUUUGUGCAGAGCUGCAUCGACUGGAACCGGGAGGUGCUGAAGCGGGAGCUGGGCCUGGCCGAGCGGGACAUCGUGGACAUCCCGCAGCUCUUCAAGAUGGAGAGGAGGAAGGCCGUGGCCUUCUUCCCAGACUUGGUGAACAUGCUGGUGCUGGGCAAGCACCUGGGCAUCCCCAAGCCCUUCGGGCCCGUCAUCAACGGCCGCUGCUGCCUGGAGGAGAAGGUGCGGUCCCUGCUGGAGCCGCUGGGCCUCCACUGCACCUUCAUCGACGACUUCACCCCGUACCACAUGCUGCACGGCGAGGUGCACUGCGGCACCAACGUGCGCCGGCAGCCCUUCUCCUUCAAGUGGUGGCACAUGGAGCCCUGA